AUGCAGUGUGACGAUAUCACAUGGAAUAUUCUUCGUAAAGGCCAGUGUGCCUUCAAGGCAUGGACCAAACCAACCUUGUUUUGCCGAAAUGAGAUGAAUUUGACGGGUCUGUGUAAUCGUGCGUCUUGUCCUUUAGCGAAUUCUCAGUAUGCGACAGUUAGGGAAGAAAAUGGUGUUUGCUAUUUGUACUGUAAAGUUAUCGAAAGAAGUCAUUAUCCAAGAAGGCUAUGGGAAAAGACGAAACUUUCAAAGGACAUGAAUAAGGCCUUGGAACAGAUUAGUGAUGCUCUUCUCCACUGGAGUGAAUACGUUCGUCACAAAUGCAAAGCCCGUCUCAUUCGAAUCCAUCAGUAUCUUAUUCGUAUGAGAAAAAUGGCUCUCAAGGGGACACAAAAGAAAAUCAUACCGGUUGGGCGUAAAGUAGAACGACGUGAGAAACGCCGUGAAGAAAAGGCAUUAGUUGCUGCCAAGUUGGAUAAGGCUAUUGAAAGUGAGCUGCUUUCACGGUUACGCAAGGUACUUACGGGGAUAUAUUACAACUUCCGUCAGGAAGCCUUUGAACAUAUGCUGAUGAGAAUGAAACAACAAUGGAACGAGAGCAAGAAGUUGAAGUGGAGGAUGAUGAGGAUGUGGGCCGGAUGCAGUACGUGGCUGAUUUCGAGUCGUCGGAUGAGGAAGAGGGAGAUGACAUCGAGGACACAGCUGGUGGGCCAGUGGUCCCCUCCUGAGACCGAUAGCGAGGAAGACGAUUGGCAGCGACCGGAUGAGAGCGACGAGGAUGAGGAAGAAGAGAGUGAAGGCGAAACAUCUGAAGAACCACCGAAGAAGAAACCGAAAAAGUCGGACAGUAAGAAGAAGCAGCUCAAAAAGAAGGCACCCAAAAGAAGGCAUACGAGGACGAAUCGGAGUUGCGGUCGAAGAUCAAAGCCUAAAGUGAUUGUUGGUAAUUGCAUGUUCCUUAUGAGUGUGUCUGUUGGAAGUGUUUUCCACGUUGUUGAAGGUUUUAUUGUUAUUGCUCCCUGGAGAUCUAUAAAGAGCUACUGUUCUUCUUCGUUGACUCGUGUGUCAGCAAAAGUCAUGUCGUUAGAUCCGUCAACAGGAUUCACCUGUGUUGCUUGCCAUCUUGUUUUCAAGACAGCUGAACUUCAACGCGAUCACUACAGAACAGAUUGCUCGCUAUAUUAUUGUGAAGAGACAGUCAGUGAACUACCUCCAGUCACAGCUGAACAGUUUCGCGACAAGGUGUUGACGUUCAGGAGCGAACAAGAGGCGUUGAAAAAAGAGGAAGAGGAUUCGACUGCACUAUAUUGCGCCACAUGUCGAAAGAAACUGAAGUCGAAAAAUGCGUUGGCAGAUCACAUGGCGAGCAAGAAGCACAAGGAAAUGGAAACGCGGGAGCCGAAAGGUCCCAGGCAACCUAGAAAG